GAGGAAGAUGUGUGUGUUUUAAUGAUAAUUUACAUCCAUACAUUACAUAUAGUGUAUUUCAUCAGCUCUCGCUUUCUCUGGAUAGUGAUAUGAUCAGGAUUAAAGAUUCAAGAAGUCAAUCAGGAAUGACGUCCGUCAUCACCAUCAUCUUCAUCAUUCUCUGUCUGAUCUCAGGUCAGGUUCUGUGUUUUAAAGUGAUCGGCUGCUCUGGAGGGAGUGUGAUGUUCAAGUGCAUGAAGACAAACAAGAGAGAGUCUUUUGAUCAGUUUAAAGGAAAGUAUUUCUGCAGAGACAGAAACUGUAAGACAGGAAUCAGUACUGAGAUUCAGCACCGCUGGGUUUAUAAUGAGAGAUUCGCUCUGUAUGGCGGUGAAAACAGAGGAUUCUUCUCAGUGUUCAUCAGGAAGCUCAGCAGAGAGGAUGAUGGGAAAUACACAUGUGGAAACAAUCAGGAAUGGAGUCAUGAUGUUGAUUUAGUGGUGAACAACAACUCUUCUUCUUGUGGGACGUCUGUUAUCCGAUCUGCAUAUAAAGGUCAAACAAUCACUUUCAGCUGUGAAUGUGAACACAAGUUUGAAACACACACCAAAGUCUUGUACAGAGUGAAUGGAGAUCCUGUGUUUGUGCUGAAGAUCUCUCAAUCAUCACAAUCAUCUGAAGAGAAGUUCAUCCUGUCUGACAAUCAGAGAAAUCACUUUACUGUGACCAUCAGAAACAUUUCUGAAGAGGAGCGUGGAGUUUAUUUAUGUGGAGUGGAGAGAGACGGAGGAGAUACACCACCUUCAAAAACAUCAAUUACUCACAUAACCUUCAUUAAAGAGAUUGAGCUGAAAGUUCAUCGUCAGAUAUCUUCUGUCCAGGUUGAGGCCUACAUCAGUAAAUCAGUCUUCAUCAAGUGUGAAUUUCCAGAAGAAUUCAAAGAAAACCAGAAAUUCAUCCAGAUACAUUCAUCACAGGAGAUCUCUGUUGAUGAACAGAAUCAGUGGAUCCAUCUUAAUAAAGUUCACCUGUAUGAUGAUACCAGUUCAGGAGUUUUGAAGGUUUUUAUCAGUGAUUUAACCGAAGCUGAUGAAAGAACGUACAGAUGUGGAGUGAAAACUGCUGACGAUCAUCUGUUCACUGAGAUCACACUGAAAAUCAGUCAAGUCGAUCAUUUCCCUGAAUCAAGUGAAUCAGCUGCUGUUAUUGGUGAAAGUGUGAAACUCAGCUGUAAUUCCCCUGAGGAACAGCAGUCCAUCAAACACAUCUGUAAAGAGAACAAGAAGAAGAUCUGUCAGAGCAUCAGUUCAUCAGAGAAGCAGCGCUUUGAGUUUUCUGACAGUACAGCAGGAGUUUUUACAGCGAGCAUCAGUAAUGUGAGCCUGAGAGAUGCUGGAGUUUACUGGUGUGGAGCAGAAACCAGACACCAGCAUCUGACUUCUGUUUCUCUCACCAAUAAACAUCAACUGACUUUAACCAUGCCUCCAGUGAUCGGACGUGAAGGAGAUUCAGUCCAGAUCCAAUGCCCUUAUGAUGAAAAACACACUGAAGAAAAGUGUCUGCGCAGAGGAAAGUGUUUGAGUAAAGAAGUAAAGUAUCUGUGUAAAGGAAAGUGUUUCACUAAAGAUGCUCAAAUUAUCAUUCGGUCAGAUGAAGAUCAUAAAAAACCAAAGAUUUCAGUAAAGGACGACACUGAACUCAAUCUCUUCACUGUGACCAUGACUGAGCUGAGAGCAGAGGAUGCUGGGAAAUACUGGUGUGCAGUGAAAGAUGUGUUUAAUCUUCCCAUUGAGCUCAUGAUCAUCAGGAAGGACGAAAUGGCGACCUCUGACACCAAAAGGGUAACACCCCAGGAUAAGCCUGAAAUGACCUCAUCUGACACUGAAAAGGAAACAGUCCAGGAAACAGAAAACCCUGAUAUGACCACGUUUGACAGCGAAAGUGGAAAAGACAAGCAAAAAGCAACGUCUGUCACAAUAGCUGCCGUUUCUGUGGGUUUGCUUCUGCUGGCUCUGGUUAUAGUGUUAAUCUUAUUCAAACUGAAACACAACAAACAUGACAUUAUUUCAUCAAGAGACAGAAGACAGACAUGGGAUCAUGAAAUGACUCAAGAAGACGCCAGGCGCCAUUCAGAUCCUGUAUCAAAUCCUCUCUAUUCAACAGUCCAGUCACCCACAAUCUCCUCUGAUUCACAGAAUCCACUUUACUCCACAAUUCAUUCACCCACAAUCCCCUCUGAUGGGCUCCUGUACGCUGCUGUCAGUUUCCAAAAUCAUGAAGAGUCUCUCAGUGAAGCUACAGUCAGAUUCAGUAAAGAGGAGACUCACUGUGAUUACGCAUCUGUCAGUCACAAUAUCUCACCAAAUUAAUAUUACCACUGGAUUGUUGUUUUUAUACACAGCGAGAAGCAGUCACUGAGAAUGACACAAUCAUUCAGUUUCAUCGAGCAAGUCAUUGAGCAGUCAGUGACAUCUACAGGUCAGUGUUGGAAAAACCUGAAAUGUUUCUCUGUGUCUGAAGAGAACAUAACUCCUUACCCUUUGUUCACACUGCACACGUCUGCGGUGCGUUACGACUCCAACAAGGUUUAGUUUCAUCCUUCACAUGAUGCCAACUCACACCAGGAGCACUUCAGAAGACAUGCAACUGGAUUCACGAGACAUCUUGAUUCGCCUGUCUGUCAGUGUUUUUCUUGAUUUUUGAGUUCUACCAUGGUUAAGUUGGCUAAGUAGUGAUGUUUUGUCCAGUUUAAUUGUGUUUAUUGUUUAAUUUAUUGCUAUUGUCCUGCUUUGUUGUCCUGUAGCCUACACACAGUCAAUACACUUAAAGUUCAGUUAUGUGUGACAAGGAUGAAAGACGUGUGUUUUAGUCUGCACAGGACGUUUAUUUUGUAUUCGAACUGUAGACUAGGCGCCUAUCUUUAGCGAAGCAGCAUUGAUAGUCACUUCUGGGACGCUUCAGCUCUGGUGGCCGUGACGGAGCCAUAACCCACUGCAGACGUGUGCGGUGUAAAUAAGAGGUUUUUAUAACCCGCUGCAGACGUGUGCGGUGUAAAUAAGAGGUUUUUAUAACCCGCUGCAGAUGUGUGCGGUGUAAAUAAGAGGUUUUUAUAACCCGCUGCAGACGUGUGCGGUGUAAAUAAGAGGUUUUUAUAACCCGCUGCAGACGUGUGCGGUGUAAAUAAGAAGUUUUUAUAACCCGCUGCAAACGUGUGCGGUGUAAAUAAGAGGUUUUUAUAACCCGCUGCAGACGUGUGCGGUGUAAAUAAGAGGUUUUUAUAACCCGCUGCAGACGUGUGCGGUGUAAAUAAGAGGUUUUUUAUAACCCGCUGCAGACGUGUGCGGUGUAAAUAAGAGGUUUUUACACUGCACACAUGUACAGUGUUACAGAUUUGACACUGCCACAGGAGCUGAUCACAGUCUUGACAAAGCUUGUGUUUAUACCAGCUGUGUCUGCUGCACAGUUCUGAAGGCCUUAAAGUGUUUGAUGUCAAUUGAUAUUUUGACUAUUAAACGUUUGAGGUAGAAUCACAGUUUAAAGAUCUAAAACAAAUUAGAGUAAGCUUCGAUAAUAGCUAAACAAAUAUUAAAUGACUUUAUUAGAAAUUUCUCACUAGAAAUAAGAUGUUUACUAAUAAACCCAGCAUGACCCCAACUGGGGGUCAGACAAUCAAAAGAUUUAAUCUUAAUAACUUUUUCAAAUACAUUUAAAACUAGUAGACUACAUAAGUUCAGCCAUCAAAUACCAAAUUCAUUUGGAUAAACAUUAUAAUUUCAAAGGCAAAUCCACAUUAAUAUGUAAGGGAUCAACCGGCUGGAUGUACUUUAUCCCGUUGUUAUAUGGCUACUUGCCAAAUAAAUAAAUAAUUAGGCGCGAAAUAUUGAUUUGAGUUGAAAUAUUUGAACGCAAAGCUUCCGUGAAAUGGGCAGCAGCUGGGUUUGAAUGAAAGGAGAGCGAGUCCGUGAUACCAGGGUGAAAAAGACGAGUUUUAGUAUUCUAUUAGCUAAACAAACGCAAAGCUUCCACCAAGAAAAAAAUAAUAAUUCAAGCCAAGCAAGAGUACAGCACGGACCACUGUUACCCGGAUGAGCUUGUGUUAUUAGCUUUUAGAGGGAUAACAUAUCUCGGAAUGUAGCCACUGAGCAAUCAAAAUCAAGUAUUCCACAGAGGCGUGUAAUAUAUAUAUAUUAGGGGUGUAACGAUACGCGUAUUCGUAUUGAACCGUUCGGUAUGAGGCUUUCGGUUCGGUGCACGGUACGCAUUAUGUA